CGUCAUAGGUCCGAUGAGUCAGGUGGAAGAAGUUGGUACUUUUCACUCCACUAUAUCUAUUUGACAGCUAGUUAUUAGUGCAGAUUACGCAUAAUGAAUGAUCACUACAUCACAUACGUAUUUGCAUUGGUACAAACUGUUCAACAGAUAAUGAAAAAACAAGCUUUAACAUAAAUGUUUAUUUACACAUAUAUGUAUCAUGUACAUAUGUUUGAUUGUUCUUGUAAUUUGCCAUUUUCCUAUCGUAUGAUCGAAACUUCUACUCAUGCAUUGUAUCCGUAUAUAUUUAUCUGAAUAAUGUUUACAGUGGGGAAGAGAAAAUAAUUGAAAUCAGCCAAUGGUGUCUUUAAUGCUUGUGGAUUAUUGUUGAACACAAACAUCCCAAUUUAACAGGAGAAUAGAAACUGCUGGAACUUCUCUUAUGAAGUCUCUUAUGUAACGCAUUACAAUUAAUGAUCCUUGGACUGUGCAGUUAGUUAUUAAGGUUGAUGUUAGUAGAUGUGGUUAACCUUCCCAUUACAAAGGUCUACAGCAAACAGGCCCAGUGUGACACGAUUCUCCACCUGCCGUGUUGCUCCAGUUCGAGGCCUGUCCAGCAUGAAAGGUGUCCGGGUUGUCGUGGUUGGAGCAGGUGUGGUUGGCUUCUCCACGGCCGUCUGCAUCGCGGAGGCUCUUCCUUUCUGCUCCGUGUCUCUGCUGGCUGAGAAGUUCAGUCCGGACACCACCAGUGACGGUGCAGCUGGGAUCCUGUUUGCAGCAGAGUUUCCAGAUAUUCCCUUGGAAAGGCAAAGACGCUGGUUCAAGAACAGCUUCGAUCACCUGUUGGAUAUUGCGCAAUCCCGAAACUCCCCGGAAGCCGGAGUAAUGCUGAGCUCUGGCUGGCAAAUUUUCAAGGACGUUCCAGCCGAUAAGAAACCCUUCUGGUCAGAGCUUGUGAUCGGCUUUCGGUCCAUGACUGAUGCUGAACUGAAAAGGUUCCCAGAUCACAAGUUCGGCCAGGCGUUCACAACCAUUAAAUGUGAAUGCUCCAGCUACCUGCCGUGGCUCCAUCAGAGGUUCAUAAAAGCUGGAGGUCAAGUGGAACAGAGGAAGGUCAACAGUCUCCAGGAAUUAAGCAACGCCUAUGAUGUCAUUGUCAACUGCUCCGGUCUGGGCUCCAAACAGCUGGCGGGCGACGACGAGGUGCACCCCGUCAGAGGUCAGGUCCUCAAGGUGGAGGCCCCCUGGCUGAAGCACUUCAUCAGAGAUGGAGACGGAAAGACCUACAUCUACCCCGGCAUACACUCCGUCACCAUCGGGGGCACGAGGCAGGAGGGCGACUGGCGGCUGCACGUGGACGAGGGCGAGGCGAAGAGCAUCGUGGAGCGCUGCGGCGCGCUGGAGCCGUCCGUCAGCAGGGCCCGAGUUCUCAGCGAGUGGGUGGGGCUGAGGCCGGGCAGGAGGAACCCCAGGGUGGAGAGGGAGGUGGCGCAGCUGCGGGGCCGCAGGGUCCCGGUGGUCCACAACUACGGCCACGGAGGCUGGGGGGUCACCCUGGCCUGGGGCACCGCCCUGGACGCACUGGGGCUGGUAAGGAUGUGUCUUCACAAAAUGCCACAACGGGCCAAACUGUGAAGCAGCCCUGCCGCUCAGUUACACGCCAACGACACGGAUCUUUACAUGAAAACCUAAAUUCUGAGAAUUUUAUGAGAUGAAAGCAUGUGAGAUAAUACAUUAUGGUGAAAGAUUGUAUUAAGACUAGUUUGUACUGCUUUUUACAUUUUACAGUUUCCUCUCAGCUUUGGAAAGAUCUACUGGACGUUGACAUGUACCAGCAUUUACUGAUGUGAGAGAAGAACAGUAUUUUAGUCUUGUUAGAACUUAUACAAUGAAUGAAAAGGGAAAUACUGUACGUAAUUUACUGAUGUGAUGUAAACAGCUGCUCUUAACAUCUGAGACGAAUGCUUGCUGACUGGGAUACAGCUGCUGAUGGUGCGGUUGGUGCUGUCCGCUGUGAUAUCUGAGAUCUGCCAGGGCUUCAUGAGUUGCCAUCAAACUCGCAUUUAAGAGUUGAAAUGGAUGGCAACACAUUUGUCAUAUAAAUAAAUGUAAAAGAAUGUGAGACAGUAAAUCUAGCAGUUAAUAACUUAUUAAUAAAGGCUUUGUUUGAUGCACCAUAAAUGGC